GGGUUGCGUAGGUGUUUUCAGCCGCGGAUGGUCCGAUUGUGCGACCUCGGAGCCGAAGCUGUGCUUUGCGGAAGACCGGGUGUAACAUGUACAUACCUAGGUAUAUAUAUUGAUUCUUAGACUCUCAGACCCUUCCCUGACUUGGCUGUCUUGUUUGAUGUAUCUCAGCGGGCCUCAUCGACGUUCCAGAAGAAAGUUGCAGAGACAGCGGAAUUCGAGCUGCCAAUAACCCUAGCUCAUAGAAUUCAACCCCUUGUCCAUCUUUACUCCGUCGUCUUUUUCGGCCACCCUACCCUCACCUGCUCACCAUCACCGUCCUUACCCUACUCCAACCAGAUAUCGGCACCAGUUGCCGCCCAAUUAACCGCCAUGGCUACGCUCGACGCACAACCCCAAAGCUCCCCAGCUCUAGCAGUCCAAGACGAGAAACACGAAAACGUCGACACAACAACAGACACCGAGUCGGCCCUCCCUCCGAACCCUCCCGACGCGAACCCGGCCUUCUCCCCGGCCCCGGACGGCGGCGCCCGCGCGUGGCUCGUCGUCGCGGGAGCGGGCUGCAUCUUCUUCAGCUGCCUCGGCUUCAUGAACUCGUUCGGCGUGUUCCAGGAGUACUACCUGUCGCACCAGCUGGCGGACGAGCCGCCGGACAACAUCGCGUGGAUCGGGUCCCUGACGUCCUUCAUCCAGUUCGCGGGCGGCGCGCUGGCGGGGCCGCUCUUCGACCGCUACGGCGUGUGGGUGCUGCGCCCCGGCGCCGUGCUCUACGUCUUCGCGCUCAUGAUGACCAGCAUCUGCAAGGAGUACUGGCAGUUCAUGCUCGCGCAGGGCGUGCUGGCCGGGUUUGCCAUGAGCCUGGUGCAGGUCCCGGCCUUUGCGGCCGUCGCGCAGUACUUCGAUAAGAAGAGGGCGGCCGCGCUAGGCAUUGUGGCCUCCGGGUCGUCGAUCGGCGGCGUCAUCUUCCCGAUCGCGCUGUCCAAGAUGUUCAAUGGCUCGACGCUCGGGUUUGGGUGGAGCGUGAGGGUCAUGGCGUUCGUUGUCGUGCCGCUUCUGACGUUCAGUGCCUUCACCGUGGCGCCGAGGCUGCCGCCGAGGAAGACAAACUUCUUCAUCGCGGCUGCGUUCAAGGAUGUCAGGUUCAUGUUGGUCAUUGCGUCGGCCUUCUGCUGCUUCAUCGGCAUGUUCACGCCGCUCUUUUUCAUCCCGACGUAUGCGGUGACCCGCGGCAUCGAGCCCACGUUCGCGUCGUAUCUUCUGGCCAUCGUCAACGCGGCGUCGACCUUCGGGCGGAUCAUCCCGGGCAUUUUGGCCGACCGGUUCGGGAAGCUGAAUGUGUUUGGCAUCGGAGGUAUCUUCACGGGCGUGAUCGUGAUGUGCCUCACCACCGCCACGAGCACGGCGGGGCUGGUCGUGUACUCGAUCGCGUUCGGCUUUGCGUCGGGCACCAUCAUCUCCGGGGUGUCAUCGGCGCUUUCGAUCUGCACCGAUGAGCCCCGCAACCUAGGAACAUACAUAGGCAUGGGCAUGGCGCUGGCCGCUUCCGCCUCCUUGGUCGGGCCGCCUGUGGAUGGCGUCAUGUUGAAAACAUACGGCGGGUUUCUUGAGGCGACGCUUUUCAGUGGUGUUGUCUGUCUCUUCGGCGGCGCCCUGGCAAUUGCCACGAAGGCCACGACACCGAAGGGCCUCUUUGGCAGAGUUUAAGGUAUCAUGAGACACAGUUGGGCAUCCAUGUAUGUGCUGGAUAUGUGAUUUAAGAGGCGUGUAUAUGAAGGAGUUUGCGCUUGGGGGGGGGUAUAGAGUAUAGACAAAUGUUAGAUAUAAGGACACACUAAGAUACUUCCGAUAUACUUACCUAAUCAGACACUCUCUGCUCUUCAUACCUGCCCCGAGUGCCGGUUCCUGGAGAUGAAAUGAGCACCAGACAAUCAAAUCAGGUCGCUCACAGAAAUAGAGCGACCUUGUGGUGGAAUACGAGGCAGGUUCGGGUAUCGAUUUGACUGCUUUGUGCUAAGUUCCGGUCUUAAACGGAAAGCGAAUAUUGCCAAACAUACCUCCCGCGAAG